UGUGGUGAUAACACUUAUCACUACUUAGCUGUCAACUCGCAAUAAUAACCAUUUUAAAUCAUGAAACAAUUUUUGUAUUUGAUAAAGUAUUGAACGCAUUAUUACUUUUUAUUAGCUAAAUAAUUCGUGUAAACUGUGGAUAGUAGCGUAAGGCAUCUUACUUCACUCAGCUUUGUUAUUCCAUCAUUCCACUUACUGUGAGAACUGCGAAAUUUUGCAUUAUUACGCCAGGCAAAACUUCUGAUUCACGUGCUUGUUAUAAAUUUUAACAACAGCGCAUGGGAGCGAGGUGUUUACGGUUAUACUUUCGUGAGAGUAAAUCAUUUUCACGCAAAAUGAGCAUCGAUAUUGGAGGUAUGAGAAUUAAAUAUAAAGAUAAGGAUGAAACAUUCUUGGAAAAACACUUAGUAGCAAAAGAACCAUUUGGCCAGUUUAAAGCUUGGUUUGAAGAAGCUUGUACCCGAAAGGAAAUUUUAGAACCAAAUGCUAUGUGCCUUGCCACUGCAACAAAGGAUGGGUAUCCAUCAGCAAGGUUUGUGUUAUGCAAGGGCUAUGGAAAAGAUGGAUUUAAGUUUUUCACCAAUCAUGGCAGCAGGAAAGCUAAAGAAAUGGCUGAAAACCCUAAUGUAGCAGCUACAUUUUACUGGGAAAUAUUAAAUAGAUCUGUUCGCAUUGAGGGUACAGUAGAAAAACUUUCUGAAGGAGAAUCUACUACCUACUUCCAUUCGCGGCCAGUGCCGAGCCAGAUUGCAGCCUGUACUAGCUAUCAGAGUACCCCAAUUGAAUCAAGAGAUGUGCUUUGUGAAAGAGAAAAGGUUUUGGAAGCAGAAUACAUGAUACCUGGGAAGGAGAUUCCUAAACCAAAUUUUUGGGGUGGCUACAUUAUUCAACCUAGGUCAGUUGAAUUCUGGCAAGGACAAAGGGAUAGACUGCAUGACAGGAUCAAGUUUAGGAAACCCAAAGAAGGAGAAGUGCUAGAUGGUAAACUGUUACAUGAAGGUGAAGACGGAUGGGUUUAUGAGAGACUUUCUCCUUAACAUCCAUGUUUUAAUAUCAUAAUUUGAGUACAAAAAAAGAUAUUUAAAAAAUAUAUUUCAAUAAGCAUUUAAGUACUUAGCUGUUCAUUAUGAAUACACUGCAUCAAAGCAUUUUUCAGUGCUGAAAAUUGACUAAUUACAGAUGAGUAGGUAGGAUUACGGAUGAGUAGGUGAGCUGCAUACAUAAAUGUGGGGUGUGCAAGGAUAUUUUUGCCUUAAUUGGGGUUCAAUCUGAGAUUGUGCACCCAAUUCAGUGCUGGUGAUGCCAUUGCUAUUUUCAGAGCUGAAAAGUGGUGGAUGCAGUUUGCAUGUAAUGUGCAAUCAACAUAAAAUGUCUUCCAAUUUUACUUGGUGUUGGUAAUGUUAUAUUAUUAUUAAGUAUUCAAGAAAUUAAAGAUUAAAAUAACAU